GCGGUCCCCGAGAGGCUUGUUUGCUCGGCCAGCAGGGCGGAGGCGGCGGGGCGGACCCCCGUUUCCCGGCGGCUUUCGUGCUCUCCCCCUGACCCGGCGAGGAAGAGGAGCCGAUGGGACCCCGUUGGCGCCGGCCACAAGCUUGAAAAAGCCGAGCCAACUUGGCGCAAAGUUCCCCAGUUCCUCCCAGGCUACUCCAGCGUUGCUGCCCUCUAAAAGAUGCACUACUACCGGUAUCCUUCUGCUGAAAUCAGCUGUUGGUAUAAAUAUCUCCUCUUCAGCUACAACAUCAUCUUCUGGUUAGCUGGUGUUGCCUUUCUUGGAGCUGGUCUUUGGGCAUGGAGUGAAAAGUUCUGUGGGACCAUUGUUGUUAUUUUCAUUCUGGAGUUGGCCUUGGCUGUUCUGGCGUUCUUGUUCCAGGACUGGGUGAAAGACCGAGUAGAAACUUUCUUCAAAAACAACAUUAAGGCCUACAGAGAUGACAUUGACUUGCAGAACCUCAUUGAUUCAUUGCAAAAAAUGAACCAAUGUUGUGGUGCUCAGAGUCCAAACGAUUGGAACCUCAACAUUUAUUUCAACUGUAGCAGUGCGAGCAAAAGUCGGGAAAGAUGCGGAGUCCCCUUUUCCUGUUGUAUCCCAGAUCCUGCACAAAAUGUGGUGAAUACCCAGUGUGGCUACGAUGUCAGAAAUAUG